GAUCACUACACACGUUCCGUAACAGUGCCAGGCCCACACAACUUCGUGUUUCGUCAGCUCGCCAUCUCCCUAUAAACACUGCCAACCAUAACCAUUGCAGAGUAUGUGCAGCGAUAAUAAUAACAACAACAAUACAACAGCCGUACGGUAGAAGCCAUUGUUUUGUCUGUGUGUCUGUGUGUGUGGAGGCAUGGCCCAUGGGUAAGGAGGCGAACCGGUGUUCAUCGUCCGUGCCUGGUGCCUCGUGGAGUCGAUUCCCGCGUGUGCGGUGGAGGUGAGCGACAUGGACGCCAAGAAGAAGUUCGACAUUCCGAGGGUGGAGGACGUGUACGAGAGGCGGGUGUCUGAGCCUCGGCCUCUGUUCAGAUCUGGCCUCACAAAGACAGCUGAAAAAGACAGCGUGGAGGAGAUGCCACCACCCGGGCCACAUAAGGGCAGCUAUGCCGACUACGUCAUGGAGCAGAGCAAGAAGCAGCCGCCAGCUCCCUCCGACCCAGCUAGCAGCAACCCCGCAGGGCCCAGUGAACCUGGUCCACAGGCCGGCGGUGCGGACAAGGCCACUCCAGCAGAAGCGUCGAGGCCAUUCGGCAGAGACGCAGAGACAGACUCCACAGGGUGCCCAGACCAGGAGACCAGCAUGCCUGCCCGAGCUGCUGACAGUCCGCUCGUCGAGGUGGUGAGAAGCCGAGAGGCUUCGGGGAAACGUGAGGCUUCGGGUACAAGUAGAGCUGCAGGUGGUGUCGAUGCCAUGGCUGUUGUGGCCCCCAAGGCGGCCGGCAAGAGCAACAGCUUGCUGGUGAACCCCCGACAGCGUGGGAACCCCGUGCUCAAGUUUGUGCGGAACGUGCCUUGGGAGAUUGCGGACGUGGUCCCAGACUAUGUAAUGGGGCAGACCUCCUGCGCACUCUUCCUCAGCCUGCGGUAUCACAACCUCAACCCCAACUACGUCCACGAGCGCCUCAAGCAGCUGGGUCAGGCGUUCGACCUCCGCGUGCUUCUGGUGCAGGUCGACGUGAAGGACCCACACCACGCACUCAAGGAGCUGGCCAAGAUGUGCAUCCUGGCAGAGUGCACUCUCAUUCUGGCCUGGAGCCCGGAGGAGGUGGCCCGCUACCUGGAGACGUACAAGGCGUACGAGAACAAGCCGGCCGACCUGCUGAAGGAGCGUGUGGAGCAGGACUACUUGUCUCGCAUGACUGACUGCCUGACCACCAUCAAGUCCGUGAAUAAGACAGAUGUCAUCACUCUAUUGAACACUUUUGGGUCACUGGCAAACAUCAUGGAGGCAUCCAAAGAGGAUCUGUCACUCUGUCCCGGACUGGGACCUCGCAAGGCUCGGAGUCUGAGCAGCGUGUUUCACGAGCCCUUUCUCAAAGCCAAGAAGCCAAAAAAGGGGUCUUGAAUGCGGAAGAUGGAGCACGAAGCCUUGGCUGUUGGGCAUCCUGGAGCUUUGAAAGUCUCUGCAGAUGGUGGUGUGGUUUACUCCACACUCGUGAGCAGUCAGUCACAAGGGCUCUGUGCAAGUGGAUUGGGUGUAUAUGGUUUGUAUUUGUUGAGUCUUAUGAGUUCCAGUAUAUUUGCCGUGAUAAUUCCUCGUGAAUUAUAUGCAAUGUGUCAAGAAGAAUAAACAAAAACAUGCUUAGGGGCCGUCCAUAAAUGACGUCACGCGAUUUUGGCCGAUUUUUGACCCCCCCGUCACACGGCGUCACAAAAAGUCAGACCCCCCACAAAUAUGACGUC